UGUAGGUUAAUGUCUACUUCUAAUUUAUUUAACAGUUAAACUAAUCAAGAGCAAAAUAAAAAAAAAUGUGUAUGUAUAUUACAUGAUAUAAAUGUUGUAUUUUUUGACCAGUUUUAAAGUUUUACUACAUUUUCCUCCUGGAAUCCACCUUGAAAUCCUACCCCCUGUUGGGAUCAGGAUAAUCCUGUUUUUUUUUUUUUUUUGGAUCAAAGUUAUCCAAAUCCUACUGACAAGUUUUGAACAACACAAACUGAAGGUUUGAUCCAGAUUAAAACUAGGAUUGGUCUAAUCUGAUUUCAGAAUCCUUUUUUCCAUUUGAACAACCCAUUUUCAAGAUUUGAUCCAAUCCGAAAGCCGGAAUCCGAUCAGAUUACUUUUGAACAACUGGCCCAUUAAUAUCAAUUUGAAAUUCUUACGAUAUAUAACAUAUAUUACAAUGAAUAUUAUUAAACAAUGAUGGUUAGUAGUGCUGAUUUUAAUAAUAAUAAUAAUAAUAAUUAUAAUUAUUAUUAUUAUUAUUAUUAAUACCAUACUUGUUGUCUAGUAGUAUUUUUGUUUCUUGUCUAUUUUGUUCUCCUAUUACAAAGUGUUCCUUUCCAGAAUGGAGAUCCCUCCUCCAAGAUGCACUGCCAAAAAGACUCAUCUUUGUCUCCAGGAGCUAAACGAACACACCAUUUGGAAUUCUUCAAACUCUAGUUGAUUGCCUUUAUAAAGCAUAAAGGGAAGUUUCAUCAUGGAGAACAGCUUAAGCCAAGAAGCAGAGGAAAAUCCCUAUCUGUGUUUUCAGAGAACACCGUCUCUCAGACGUAAAUGGAGAAAGCGCUACGGAGGCCUGGACGGCAACAAACUGCUGGAGCCAAAUAAGGAGGAUGACACAAGAGAGAAUGGAGAGAUGACAGAUGCCUUCACAAACAGGAACGCAGACCCUGUGAAGUUUACUGCUAAGGAAACAAAAUCUGCAGGGAACAUUCCUCAACAUGUGCCAAGAAAUACCUUUCCAUCCCAGAGGCCAGUCAAUUAUGUCUCUCCAGGCUCUACAGGCGUGCCAUCUUUUAUAACCAACGGAGGCACAAAACGGACAGUACCAGAGCAGGACAAACUUCAAGCCAGCCAAGCAUGGCAACACUUGGGCCGACCAGAGACCCAUCAAGGGCAUUUUAAGAAAAAAGUGGCUGCUGAUGUGCUCUUUGAUUAUUUCGCCUCUGGGGGAAGAGUCAACUGCAAUCAGUUUUUUGAGGCCUUGUGGAGCUCAGGAAUCAUCCGAACAGACCCGCGGAUUAAAGACUGCUACGGCCUGAUGCGGAAGCUACAGGAAGCGGAUGGAACUGUUGACAGGAGCACUUUUCACAGGUGCGUGACAGGCUUUGUGUCUUUCAUCCUGAAGGCAUUGCAGGGAAGAUUUGUCAUUCCAGAUUUCUCUACCUUCACAGAGGAAACACAAAAGCUGUUUAUUAAAUGCAAACAACUAUCCUCUGUGAAGGAGAAAGAAGACGUAAGAGAGAGUGGCACAAAAUGGGGCAUUUCAGUUUGUACUGUGGAUGGGCAGAGACUUUCCUUAGGAGACUGGGCUGAACCUUGCAUUCUGGGAGAGAUAUCCUGGCCUCUCAUAUACGGCCUCGCGGUGGACCAGCAAGGAUCCGACUACGUGCACAGAUUUGUAGGAAUGGAGGAAUAUUCCAAAUACGAGUCUCCAUUUACCCUGACCAAGCAAGGUGUGCCUCAUAGUCCACUGGUUGAGACAGGAGCCAUUAUCUGCACUUCUUUAUUACAGCUGGCAACCAGACCAGUCACUGAGGAAGAAGAAAAGUACGAGUCUGUUUUGAAUAUCAUCAGAAGACUGUGCAACAAAGAGCAUGCAAACCUAAACUGCACCAGUUAUCAAAACUUGCGAAAAGACAUCAUCCGUCUCCACGCACUCUCAUUUUACUUACAAGAGAAGAAAUGCUUUCCGGAAGGUGUGGGAAUCAAUUCUACACUGGAUUUACUGUUGCAGUGUUUAUCGACAGAAGUCACCUGCGAGUCCGGCGCAGCAUUGGCCGCUACCCUGGCUAAUGGAGGAUUGUGCCCCCUGUCAGGUGACCAAGUGAUGUCCCCUCACGCCGUCCGCAGUAGCCUUUCCAUGAUGCAGGUGGCUGGAAUGAAUGACUAUUCCAGAACAUUUCAUUUCAGGACGUCUGUGCCUGCCAAGUCCAGUCAGUCUGGUGUUGUGCUGAUCGUGGUUCCUGGAGUUCUGGGACUCGUGUGCUGGUCACCUGGGCUGGAUUGCAAUGGAAAUUCCUGGAGGGGUGUUCAUUUCUGUGAGGAGCUGGUUUCAACCUUUCAGCUGCACAGUUUUGACAUCAGGACACCCUUCAGACAGGUGCUGUGUUACAGACAGUGGAAGGUGGAGUCAGAGGGAUACCAAAUCAUGAAUGUACUCUUAGCUGCUUACAGAGGGGACAUGGUGUCUCUGCGCAGGUACCUUCUGUCAGGAGCAGAUGUGAAUGCUGUGGAUUAUGAUGGACGGUCAGCGCUGCACGUCGCAGCCUCCGAGGGCCAUCUGGAUGUCAUCAAGUUCCUGGUGGAGAACGCAGGUGCAAACUGCACACUCAAGGACAGGUGGGGAAACACCGCAUUACAGGAGGCCAUGAGAUGCAAUCAAGACCCUGCCAUCCAGUGUCUGAAGAAAUACACAGAUUAUGAAGAGAGUUUAUAAUUGGGUGCAUUAAUUUACACUUGAUAUUUACAUUCAAGGUACAGAUAGGAAGAUACUGAUUAUAUUUAGAAUGAAGAGGAGGUUGUAAAGAGCAGCAAAGGCAACAGUCCCUGACAAACACUCACUGCUUAUUAGGAAUUAUUCAAAGAGACUGAAACCGUGUUUUCCCAAUAAAUGCUACAGCAGCAUGUGUUUACUGAUUCAACACUUAAACAUUAUGAAUGCAGUGCCAUCAUGUUUUUGCUGUAGCUGUUGGGUAAACGACGGAAUGCAAUUGAACCAUGUUCUCAAGGGUAUUUUCCUAAAUGUAAGGUUGGGGCAAGUUGUCACAUGUUUUAUCAAUGUUCUUUGUUGAAAACUGUUUGUUUGGUCAAUUUAAUGCAUCCUUGCUGAAUAAAGUAGACUAUUAAUUUC